AUGCUGGCGGCCGCUGAUGCGGCCGCGCUGCACGAAGAUGCCCACGGGAGAUCUCCUUCAUCGUCUUCCAAAAAUUCCAAGACGCAUUCAACCUUUCUCCCCCAUUCAGAUAAUCAAAGACGCCAAAGAACUCCGUUUGGCCCGGUCCCAAUCGAGGACCGUGAUUUCACCCUCAUGUUUGCCUCCAUAUCAUGGUAUGCGCCAGCUUGUGUGCGCCAAGUUACUUCCGUUAAGUCAUAUCGUGGUUAA